CUAAUGAUAAGAGCCGCGCCUGGGUUAUCUGUACAGUAGGAAAAAAAUUCGGCGCCAAACAACUUUGUAAACAUUUGUUGUCCAGUGAAUUGAUAAUUCUUUGUUUAUGUUAUGAAAUAUUGCUGAUUUUCCUCGUAGAAACCAUCACUUUACUAUAUCAAUCAACGAUAUCUGCCGGCUUUUAUUCACCGGUCAAGCUAAAACCUUGAAAAUAUAUUGUAGAGGUAAAAAGAUCAAUUUCUGUCCCAAUUUGGAAUCGGGUCAUGGAAGGCGGUAAAUACAACGGCGUCCUUUCUGGGAAGAGUUUUGACAUUUCAGGCCGAAAACGCGAUCAACCACACUCUGGAGUGACCUCAUCUUAUCAACCAACAUCAUAUUACCAAAGCACUCCAAAAGUAAAGAGUUCACUGUCAAGUCCAGUGUCACUGAUGAAUGGUUCAAUGACGCGAUCACCAUCAUCUGCCAGCCGAUCACCAUCCAGUGUUGGCAGGAGAUCAGCCAGUCCUUUGCAAACAAGCUCAGUAACUCCGACCCAAUUGCAUCAUGGGACAUCAACUUCCCCAAGACAGCUGUUGGACUUGGAUACAGACACUGUUCAAAAACAGCGUAGAGAACUUCAGCUGCUUAUUGUAGAGUUAAAAGACAGAGACAGAGAGCUCAAUGAUAUGGUACAAGCGCAUCAAAAGCAUCUCCAGUCCUGGGAUGAAGACAGACAGCGGAUUCUUGCAUUGGAAAGAAGAUGUGCGAGACUGGAAGGAGAGUUAAAGUCCAGAAAUGAACAAUGCAAAGCAUUGACUGCGAGGUUGAAAUCGUCAGAAACUGAUGAGACAAACAAGCGAAAAGAAUUAGAGGCGACUGUGGAGCGACUGAAGGAAAUCACAGAGGAAGCUGAAUUUGCUACUGAAAAACUUCAAGAUUUAGAGGAUAAAAAUACAAACCUGAGUGAUUCCUUGCGAGAACUUUCAAAUAAUCUUGGACAACUGCAAGCUAGAGAACAGGAGCUUCUGACUAAGAUUAAAUUAAAGGAGAAUGACAUCACUGAAGCCAACAUUCGUAUAGGAGAAUUUCAACAGAAAACGAGAAGACUUGAAAACGCCGUUCAGGAAUGCCAGACACAUGAGAAAAUCAUGAAAGCAGAAAGAGAUCAGUUCAGGGAUCAACUGAACGCAACAAAACAUGAAGUUGAAAACUUGCGAGGUGAAAUGAGUAAGCAGUUCAGUGAUGCUGAUGACUUGCAGUCAGAGUUGGCUCAGUCCAAACAAGAAGUUCUUGUGUUACAAAAAGAAGUAUUUCUCUCAGGCGAGCGUGAAAAACGCAAGGAUCAAUUGCUGGAACUGCAGAAAUCCAAACAAGAACGAAGUGACUCUGAACUUCAACAUUUAAGACAAAUAUGUGAACGACAGCAACGAGAUAUCUCAUACAUGCAAAUGCACCUUCAAACUUCACAAGAGUCGUUUCUUAAGAGUGAAACUAAAGAUCAAGAAAGAUUGUUCGACCAUGCAACGAUUAAUAAUCACCCGGAAUGGUUGAACACUUCCACUGGAAAUAUUUCACACGAUAGCACGCAUGGCUUUCCAUCAAGACAAACAUCUCCACUCAAAGAGACAGCACGAGAUUUCACCAACCUUUCAUUAAAAGAUCUUGAGUACGACCUCGAUGGUCCAUUGUCGUAUUUCCCCGAAACAAAAUCGCAUUCAUCCACAGCGAAUUCUGAUGGCCACUCCAAUGAACAAGUCCAUCGUAAAAUAGGAUCUCCCGAACUGACUUCAGAGAGUGAGCAAUACUUUCCCUUACCGUCAUUUCCCGGCGUACAAAUCUUUCCAAUGACAAGUUUCGCUGAUCCAAACCUUAUGACAAACACUCAAAAUGGAGAUGUCACUGGCCAACCACAAGACGAAAAUUCACCAACAAGCAAACUACAUCGAUUACUGGCAGAGUCUCGUCAAAUGGUACAAAAUCUUGAACAAAGCACCAUUACGACACCACCUACGGGUUCUGCUGCAGAGAGUUCUGGGAAACUGUCACCAUCAACAACUAGCCCAAACACAGAAUGAUAUUAACUGCUAAUCAACCUUAGAUU